GCACCAUCUAGUACCCAAGCAGAAGCACAUUUCCGCCUUCCCUGAUCCACCACCUUAGAUCACCCACCCACCACAGCAGCAGCACCAGCAGCAGCCAUGGCCGCAGUCGUCGUCGCCUGCCCCACUGCCGCGUGCUCGCUUUCUGCGGCCUCCGCCGGAAGAAAAGCGGCACCACGCAACACGGCUCACCUGGCCGCCCUGCCUGUAUUCCGCGCUGCGAGGAGCACUGCGCAAAGGCGCGGCGGGUUCCUUAAAGUCUCUUGCAGCAGCAGCAGCAAGCCCGAGGCGGCGGUGGUUGAGAGCGCGGAGAAUGCGGUCGAGCAGGAGCCGUCGUUCGUGGCGUCGGGCUUCCUGGAGAAGGCGAUGCUGAUGUCAGCCGUCGCCAUGACGCCGCUGCUGCUCGGCGCGCAGGACGCGCUGGCCGUGGACGGCGACUUCGGUCUGCUGGAGGGGCGGACGGCGGCGCUGGUGCACCCGUUGGUGAUGGGCGGGCUGUUCUUCACCACGCUGUACGCCUUCUACCUGGGCCGCCAGUGGAAGCAAGUGCGCGUCGUGGGCGACAAGAUCCAGGACCUCAAGAAGCAGCUGCCAGCCGGCGAUGACGCUGCUGCAUCGCCGCUGUCUGGCGAAAUUGCCACCCUCACCGCGCAACGCACGGAGCUGGUGAAGGGCAACUACCGCGAGAAGCACUUCAACGUGGGGUCGCUGCUGCUGGGCUUCGGCGUGCUCAUCGCCGUCGAGGGCUGCGUCAACACCUGGUUCCGCACCGGCAAGCUCUUCCCCGGCCCCCACCUCUGGGCCGGCGCCACCAUCACGGUGCUGUGGGCUCUGGCGGCGUCGCUGGUCCCUGCGAUGCAGAAGGGCAACCCCGUUGCGCGCAAGGCGCACGUGGCGCUCAACAUGCUCAACCUCGCCCUCUUCGCCUGGCAGAUCCCCACAGGCCUCGAGAUCGUCGGCAAGGUCUUCGAGUUCACCUCCUGGCCUUGAAAUGCUGGCUCCAGCUUGGAUUGGACUGAUUAUUGGUUUAUGAAUAGGAUACACAGAGGCAAUUGCAGUUGUAUGUGCUUCUGAUAACAAUGAAAGGGGGAGCGUGCUUGCUUGCAUUGCAUGCUUGCUGCUUGUUGAUACUGGUGGUGUAGUACCUGCAUGUACCAACCCACAAAAGUGACUGGGAAAGGUCAAUAUCUAUCGAAUGACGC